CACCAAUUUGCUCUCUCAAAUCAGAGAAACUAAUAAUAAUAGAUGGAGGGUAGUGAUUAUUAUAAGAGAAGCAGUUAUGAGGUGGAAGGUGCAGAGAGCAAAGAAAUGGGAAAAGCAGUUUCUAUGAGUGCUUAUGAUUUGGUUAUGAGGGUUUUGGCCUUCGUUCUCACUCUUUCUGCAGCCAUUGUUAUUGCAGCAGAUAAACAGACUAAGGUUAUUCCCAUUCAACUUUCAGAUUCCUUACCACCUUUGUAUGUUCCUCUCACUGCUAAGUGGAAUCAAAUGUCUGCUAUUCUGUAUUUUCUGGUGACCAAUGCAAUAGCAUGCACGUACGGAGCUUUGUCUCUAGUUGUUGCCCUAGUGAACAGAGGUAAAAGUAAAGGGUUGUGGACAUUGAUGACUGUUCUGGACGCAAUCAUGGUGGCUUUGCUCUUUUCCGGCAAUGGCGCCGCCGCGGCGGUGGGUGUUCUUGGCUACAAAGGAAACUCUCAUGUGAAUUGGAAAAAAGUGUGCAAUGUGUUUGAUAAGUUCUGUGGUCAAAUGGCUGUUUCAAUUGGCGUGUCGUUGAUUGGAUCAUUGGCAUUCCUCUUGCUUGUGGUUAUUCCUGUGGUCAGACUUCAUCGAAGAGCUUGAUCAAUGAAUAAUUAAACCUUAUUAUUAUCCUAAUUCAUGUUUAUCAGAGCAUAUUAAGUUAUUAUUGUAAUUUGUGUUUGAAUAAUAAUAGAAGACACUAGAGUGUAUCGAACAACAAAUGUUUUGAUUUGCUGCAAAUUCAGGAGGAGGAAUCAAAUGAGUAAUAAAUCAUGACUGUUUGUGAAGUUCA